UUGAUCUACAGCAUCUGACAGUCACAAACCCAAAUUCCAUGUGUUACUAUGGAGUGUUUAAUGAUUAAUCUCGGAUAUUCACGUUACACUAAGAAUUUUUACGAGAUUAAAGUCUGAUCUGAGGCAAACCGAAGCGCCAGCGGGGACUAAUGCAUCGCUGUCUCCAGUAGGUUGGGUUUUUCUUCGCGAUAAGCCCGCUGGGAUGUUUGGCGCGUUAAAGAGAACACUGCAACCUGCGUUAAAGCAGGUUUACCUGCUAUCUGCUCUCAAAGACUCGCAAAUAUGGAGACACAAGGUGCAACUCCGCGCGUGUGCUACAAGUUUUAAGUUAUUGGACGACUGUCUAGAACUCAACUACGGAGAGACGCGGAUGUAUUUUAACUACGUGUGGCUGCGUGACCACUGCCGCUCUGCGUCUUCUUACAACUCCACAACCAACCAGAGAAACGUGGACACCGGCAGCAUAAACCUCGCAAUCCGUCCUGACAGCACAACAGUGCAAGAUGGUCAUCUCGUCCUCACGUGGCCUGGUGGUCAUGUGUCCGAGUACAACCUUCAUUGGUUGGCUGAGAACAGCUAUGAAAGAAAAAAACAGGACACCAUUCAGCCACGUAUCCUGUGGAACUCAGACAUCUACAACAGCGCAAACAUACCAUCAGCCAAAUGGGACAAGUUUAUGAGCUGUGAUGAUGAACUUAAAAAGUUUCUCCAGAACUACCUUCUGUAUGGGAUUGCUUUUGUAGAUGAUGUCCCAGCUACAGUGGAAGCUACUGAGGCAGUUACUCAGAGGGUCAGUCUUAUCAGGGAGACUACAUAUGGGAGAAUGUGGUGCUUUACAUCUGAUUUUUCCAGAGGAGACACUGCCUAUAGUCAGCUGGCACUGGACCGUCACACUGAUACCUCGUACUUUCAGGAGCCAUGUGGAAUCCAGGUUUUCCAUUGUCUCAAGCAUGAGGGGACAGGAGGGAAAACAUUGCUUGUUGAUGGUUUCUACGCUGCAGAGAAAUUGCGCCAGCGGUCCCCUGAAAGCUUCGAGCUGCUUGCCAGUGUGCCCAUCAGCCACGAGUACAUUGAAAACACAGACGGUCACAGAAAUAACAUGACAGGCAUCGGCCCCGUGCUCAGUGUCUACCCAUGGAACAAUGAACUGUUCUUAAUACGGUACAAUAACUAUGACCGUUCAGUGAUUAAUACAGUUCCUCAUGACACUGUCCAGCGAUGGUAUGUUGCACAUCGAGAGCUGACAACUGAACUGAGGCGGCCAGAGAACGAGCUGUGGGUGAAACUGAAUCCUGGAAAAGUUAUUUUUAUAGACAACUGGAGGGUUUUGCAUGGGAGGGAGUCUUUCACCGGCUUGAGGCAGCUCUGCGGAUGUUAUCUGACCAGAGACGAUGUCCUCAGCACUGCACGCUGCUUCGGUCUGCAGGCCUGAGCAUUUGAGUUCUUUCCCUUCCAUGCCUUAUCAGUCUCUGUGUAAUAUAAGUUUGAUCACAUUUGCACCGCUGGAACAUGCUGUUUUUUUGCUCAUCUGUAUUUUUUUAAUUGACAUUUUGUUGUUUUUUUUUCUUUAAGAAGUUUAUAUACAAUUAGAUUUUUUUUUUUAUGUGAACUGAAACAUAACUGAAGCAAUUACAUAUAAAUAGGUGGUUUCUUAAAGACAAAACCACUGAAAGCCACAAGGUCUUUUUAGCUCAAAAAACAACAAUUUUUCUCAUGACCAAGUCACAACUAUUUUCAUACAAGUGACUCUUAUUUAGACAUAAAUAUUCUUCCUCACAAAUACACACAUUUGUUUAAUCAGCUUUCAAGAAUUACACUCCAGCUCGACUGUCUUGUCCAAAUAUGUUCACUUCUGACUCAGACCAAGAUGGCGAUGAGUCAUUACCAAACUUGAAAUGUGCGUGGUAAACUGUCAAGCAGCUGUUAAUGUUAGUCGGCUCCAAAGUGGCAGACUGAGCCUGACUGAAACAAUGAAAACAAUGACUGACAUAUUACAGAAGCUAAAAAAAAUAAAUAAAAAAAAAAAAAAACCAAGUGACUCUAGGCUUCAUUUUACAGUUAUAUGUUUAGACACAGCAUCUGCAAGUUAAAAAAAAAAAUAAACAUUUACACACUGAAGAUGUUUUUGCUGAAAACUUAAUUGCAAACUUCUUUAUCAUUAAUUUGGUAAAUAAAUUUUUGACCUGAUAUUGUGCAAAGCAUCAAAGGUCACUUUUCUGGACUUUUGAAGUAUUUUUUUAAGUAUAUUUGAAGUAUCUUAUUUUCUGAAGGUUUCUAUAUAAAACUGUUAACAAAUUAUUGAGGCUAAUUUAAGAUUUGUACAUGUCAGUUUUUAUAAAAAUUAUGUACUCUUAAAGUCCCACUAUGUAAUUUUUCUACCUUAAAACUGUGGUGGUCGCCCUCAUCUGGCUUACUGAGGGUCCUGUACUGCAGCCCUAUGGCUGUGGCGUGGACCCUGACCUGCCAUGAUUUGGGUGGUUUUCAGUGGUGGUAGCCUCUCUGGGGAACAACCACCCCAAACCUGUCUUUUAUGUAUACUAGCCAUAUGCCAAAGCAAACUGGAAUCAUCUGAAUGUUUUUUUUUAACUUCUUUUUAACCAACCUUUAAAAUGUGUAAACUGUGAAAACUUUAUUAAAAUGAAGGUGCUGUUGUAGAUUCACCAUUAAACUUCAUAAAGAUAAAUAGCAGCUCAUUUAUAUUUUUUACAUCUAUACUAUAAGAUAUUGCAGAUAUUUCUGCUGUUACCAAAUUCCUGCGCCUCAUUUAAGCAUUGACAAGAGGCAGCGAUGUUACUGCUAUUAAUGUCAAGCCAAUAGAAAAAGUGCAGUUUAAUAUGUUUGCUUUUUCCAAGUUGAUAUUAAUAUUGUCGGCGUGUUGGUACAGAAUGCCAGUAUAAAUCUCUAGAUAUAAAUGAAGGUGAUAAUAAAAGCGAUGACCCAAGAUUUUUGUUCUUAGAAUAAGUUUAGACUGUAAUCUGCAGUGUUUCUGUGAAUGUUUUGAAUUAAUAAAGAAAAUUUGUGUAAAAUCUUUAAAAUGGGUUGGUGCUACAUGUUUAUAAAAAUAUAUAGAAAUACACUUUGCAGAACAAAAUAGAAAUUUCUUAGCCUUGUGAAGACUCAGAAAAAGUCUUAGUUUUAUUUGUUUAUGGCUUUUGUAACAAAAUACAACCAUUUCUCAUGUUAUGUUGUAGUGAUUUAAAGUUUUAAAAAAAAGUGCCUUUAUAGGUUAUUUUUUAAUUGAAAAAUAACAUCAAAGUAUUGAUUUCAGAAGAAGCAACAUUCCACAUUGAUCAUUUUUAUGAUAUCCUUACAUGAUUGUGAAUUAAUUCUGCUGCCAGAAACUUCAAAUGUUAGGUCUGUUGUAUAGGAAUGAUAUUAUCUAACUGAAAAUAUUGAUGAUGAUAAUAAUAAAAAGCAGUAGCUGCUGUUAAAACAGUGUUUAAGGAAAAUGUGCAUUUUUGGUCGAUUUAAAAAAUUUACUUUUAAAGAACACUGAAGCAUAAAGCAAAUACUACUUAGAAUGAAGAUUAUCUUCAUCUUAAUCUGAGAGUUUAAAGUCUAAACAUCUAGAUCUAUGUUGGUGCAGUUGUGUUCUUUUAUCCUUGUUGCUCUUUCUCUUCAUCAUAUUGGUUGCUGGUUGCCAUGGGAACAUUUUCAUGGGUUUCCUCAGUCAAAGGGAGCACUCCCUCUAGUGGACAAAGAGGUUUUGUUUAAUCCUCUAGAUAACAAGUGAGACCAUAAAAUGCUACAUAAUAAACC